AUGCAACGACUGUUCGGAGAACGAGUGCCUGAAAUCGAGGGAAUAAAUUCGUUCGCUGGAGCCUCACCCACUUCCGUCGACCUCCUGCCAUGGAUAAAAGAUAACGAAAUUGGGCACAAUGCGGUGAUAGAGACGCCGUUUGGUCAACGACAAGCUAUUUACUGUGAUUAUACUGCCUCUUCAAGAGCUAUUCGAUCUAUUGAGGAAUAUAUUGUGGAUAAUGUACUACCACUUUAUGGAAACACUCACAGCUCAGUAACGGUGACAUCUGAACAGACAACACUUUUCGUUCAUGAGGCCAGGCAAGAAAUACGCGCAAUGACUGGAGCUGGUGACGAAGAUGUUGUGAUUUUCACCGGUACAGGAAGUACAGCUGCUGUUGAAUUACUAACUCAUUUAAUGCAACCUGAAAACCUAAUUGUGAUCCAUUCGAUACAUGAGCACCACUCCAAUUUGCUUCCAUGGCGUUUAGUAGCUGAAGCUUGUUACUGUGUAAAAGAGGCUGACGAUGGAACAAUCGAUAUAGAUGACCUUUCCCGGAUUCUAGCCGAAGCUCGAUCGGAUUAUCCUCAAUCUGAACUCUUAGCAGCUUUCACUGCUUGCUCAAAUAUUACAGGAAUUUGUAUGGAUGUACAAAAAAUCACCGCAAUUCUCAAAAAGUACAAUGCGUUAUGCGUUUGGGACUAUGCAUCAGCAGCUCCUUAUGUCAAAAUCAAUGUGAACGGAGCGCAACCGCUUGAUGCAGUAUUCUUCUCAGGACACAAAUUUAUCGGGGGAGUAUCAACGCCAGGUGUACUGGUCGUCAAAAAGUCGUUGAUACGAACAACACGUCCGAAAAGAAUAGGUGGAGGGACGGUAUUCUUUGUUUCUCAAUCAGGAGAAUGGUACUUGAAAGAUUCUGAGUAUCGCGAAGAAGGCGGAACUCCCGACAGUAUAGGAAUUAUACGUUUGGCGCUUGCUGUGAAGUUGAAGAGAGCAGUAGGAGAGGACACGGUGGCAAAAUUAGAGGAACAGAACUCCGAACGAUUCCUGAGAUCCUUGAAAAAUCUUAGAAAUGUGGUUCUUUUAGGAUCUUCCGCAGUGAAAAAUAGACUGUCGGUAUUCUCAUUUCUAGUCAAGGAUGUCCCAUCAGGACUUUUCUUCCAUCAUAACUACAUAGCUGCGCUGUUAAACGAUUUGUUCGGAAUACAAAGUCGGGCAGGAUGUAUGUGUGCAGGACCAUACGCUCAGUAUUUGAUGGGCAUUGAAGAACAGCUAGCUAUGGAGUAUUUGGAAGCUCUUCGAGAAUCCGAAGGUCUUGACAGAACUCAUCUUCGAAGAAUUGGUGAGUACUCUCCUCAUGAAGUACUACGACCAGGAUUCACCAGAGUGUCAAUACCGUAUUUUUGGACGAAUGAGCAGAUUGACCACCUCGUCGAAUGUAUUCGCUUCGUGUCUGAACGGGCUACGGAUUUCAUUCAUCUGUACCAAAUGAACUGUGAAAGUGCCGAAUGGCAUCACCACAAGCAGCGCGCUUUCCAUGCAAGGAAAUGGCUAGGACAUGUAACAUUCUCGAGAAAUGGUAUGGUAGUAGCAGAGAGAAAGAAAAACACUGCCGACCCAGUGCCGUCAGACAGAUUGAUCGCUGAAGGUCAUCGUCUAGCCGAUGAGAGUCUCGAAAUGUUGGAGAGAAGUGUGGUUCCUGACGGUAGAUCAGCGAUCGAUGAACGUCAUGCACAUUUGCGUUGGUUCGUGUUACCCAUAGAGGUAGCCGAACGAACGCGAGAAAUACCUGUCAACCACCCCAAAGUGCCAUUCCAACCACGAUUCUACUCAAAUGUGUUUGAAAAAGAAGAGGAUGACUUUAAACCUGACACGGAGACAUUGCUUACGGAUCACGUCAAAAUAACCAAUGGUCAUGCUGAUCACGAGCUUCCAGAGGAACAAAUUAGUCUUGAGAAUGAGGAGCUGAAUUUCAAUGAUCACUGUGAACCAUGCGAACUGUUCAAUUCAGGAGAUUGCAGUAUUUUGGCGGAAACACCUCAAUGCAUUUUGGAUCAAGAAGAUCGUGAAAGAGGAGGAACGGAUGAUACUGAAGCUGAUGAUGAACUGAAAUGCACUAAGGUAAUCGAAGAUUGGGACAAACGUGUGAUUGUUCGUCGACGCGAAUUGCUUCCAUCCGAAGAGAUGAAGCUACGAUGGCAUAAACCACCAUUAGAAAUGUAUAAAAGGGUCACUGAAGCAAUACAUGGCUUGGAUAUGAUUAAGGAGGAUGAUAAGGUCCUGGUGUGUUUGUCGGGUGGAAAAGAUUCGUUAUCUCUCUUGCAUAUCCUACAUUUCUAUCAGUCAAGAUGUCGAAAGAACAAGAGUACAAAUUUCGAACUUGGCGCGAUAACAGUGGAUCCAGGAUCCUCGGCUUAUAAUCCACGUCCAUUGAUCGAAUAUUGCCGAUCGUUAAACAUUGAUUAUUUCUAUGAGGAACAAGAUAUUAUCAGUUCCGCUAAAAGACAGAAAAAUUUACGAUCGAUAUGUGCAUUUUGUAGUAGAUUAAAAAGAGGGAGAUUAGCUGCUGCUGCUCAACAUCAUGGUUGGAAUGUGCUGGCAAUGGGCCAACAUUUGGAUGAUGUAGCUGAGAGCUUCUUCAUCGCUGCGUUCCAGAAUGGCAACUUAAGCACAAUGAAGGCGCAGUAUCAAACACGCGAUGGAACGUUGAGAGUAAUCCGACCGCUGAUUUUUGUUCGUGAACAAGCAUUACGUGAAUUCGCAUCCUCACGAGGAUUACCCGUUGUCGCCGAGAAUUGUCCGGCAUGCUUUAAUCAGGCUACGGAAAGACAUCGGAUCAAACAGCUACUUGCUCAACAAGAACUCAUAUUCCCUGAUUUGUUCAACUCAUUACGAUCAGCGCUACGACCUCUCCUAUUGGUCGAUUCAGCAAGAACAGAUGAGAUGCGAGCGCUAAGAUUCCUUCAUUUUUCUGCGUACUGCGAUUGUGGCAGCGCACCCGCCUACGCAAUUGCACCGAGUUUGACGUCGGUUUGA